CCCUUUCUCCACUUUCUCCGUCUCCCGUCCCUGCUUCUCCUCCCUGCGGGGCCGGGGCCGGGGCCGGAGCCGAGAUGGCGACGGGGAGGACUGGGGCGCUGGCGCUGGUCCUGCCCGGACUCCUCCUGCUCGCGGCCCAGGUGACCUGCGAGUAUGGAAUGGUCCAUGUGAUUCCCGAGAUGGGGGAUGCCAAGGGAAAAGACUAUUGCAUCCUGUUCAACUCUCAGUGGGCCCAUCUGCCCCAUGAUCUCAAUAAAGCCUCUCUGUUACAGCUUCAAGACCAGACAGUGUCUGUCUUGUGUUCUCCUUCCGAUGUCCCCAGUGGGGGAUUUAGCAACCGAAUCCCCAUGGUGAUGCGGGGAAACUGCACCUUUUAUGAAAAAGUGAGGCUGGCUCAGAUCAACGGGGCUCGCGGGCUGCUGAUCGUCAGCCGAGAGAAGCUGGUUCCCCCUGGGGGCAACCGGUCUCAGUAUGAAGAAAUCGACAUUCCAGUGGCACUGCUUAGCUACACUGAUAUGCUGGAUAUUGGCAAGAAUUUUGGCCGACUUGUGAAGGUGGCGAUGUAUGCCCCCAACGAACCCGUGCUUGAUUAUAAUAUGGUGAUUAUCUUCGUCAUGGCUGUGGGCACCGUCGCAAUUGGAGGCUACUGGGCUGGAAGCCGAGAUGUCAAAAAGAGGUAUAUGAAGCACAAGCGUGACGAUGGAACAGAAAAGCAUGACGACGAGACCGUGGACGUGACGCCCAUCAUGAUCUGCGUCUUCGUGGUGAUGUGCUGUUCUAUGUUGGUCCUGCUGUAUUACUUCUACGAUCAACUUGUGUACAUGAUCAUCGGAAUAUUCUGUCUGGCAUCUUCCACGGGUCUCUACAGUUGUUUGUCUCCUUUUGUAAGACGACUCCCAUUUGGGAAGUGCAGGGUCCCAGACAACAAUUUACCAUAUUUCCACAAGCGCCCACAGGUUCGGAUGCUGCUCCUGGCUGUGUUUUGCAUCUCUGUCAGUGUGGUGUGGGGAGUCUUCCGAAAUGAAGAUCAGUGGGCCUGGGUCCUUCAAGAUGCCCUGGGGAUUGCCUUCUGCCUUUACAUGUUAAAAACCAUCCGCCUCCCAACUUUCAAGGGCUGCACUUUACUUCUGAUGGUGCUUUUCAUCUACGAUGUGUUUUUUGUCUUCAUCACGCCUUUUCUGACGAAGAGCGGGACCAGCAUAAUGGUGGAGGUGGCUGCCGGCCCAUCUGACUCAGCUACUCAUGAAAAGCUUCCUAUGGUGCUAAAGGUUCCAAGAUUAAAUGCUUCACCAUUAGCCCUGUGCGACAGGCCAUUUUCUCUCCUAGGUUUUGGAGACAUUCUUGUUCCAGGAUUACUUGUGGCAUACUGCCACAGAUUUGACAUUCAGGUGCAGUCCUCCAGAGUCUACUUUGUAGCUUGUACCAUAGCUUAUGGUAUUGGCCUUCUGGUGACUUUUGUGGCCCUGGCACUGAUGCAGAUGGGCCAGCCGGCCCUGCUCUACCUAGUGCCCUGCACUCUCAUCACCAGUUUUUCCGUAGCUCUCUGGCGUAAGGAGCUGACGAUGUUCUGGACGGGCAGCGGCUUUGCGAAGGACCUACCUCAGCCACCCUGGGUGGUGUCGUCGGCCGGCUGCUCCCAGCCCACAAAAGAUUCAAAUGCCUCCCCUUCUCAACAGGACCCAAACAAGGAUAUGACCAGCCCCACCUUCCACGCAGAAGACCUUUCAGGCCCAUCCCUGGACCCGGAGAAAGGAACAGACGCCGACGGACCUACACCUGAGCCCGAGGGCUCUGCCGGCCACGUCAGGGACCCAGUCGUUGAAGGCAAGGACCGCCCCGAACAGGAGGUUCUCACAACCAGCGGCAAGAGUUCAUCGGGCUAGGCAGCAACAGAGGAAAUGAGAAACCCAGCCCUUGCCACCACGUAGCCAACUUGUACACAGGCUGGUUCUGGAGUGUCUAGAGUUCCCCCAAAAGUGCUCUCUCCUCUCAUCCUCCUCUCAUUUUCCCCCUCAAGGAAUCACUGAAACAACAAGAAUGUUCAACUCACAAUUGCCUGUAUUCAUUAGAUCCCUUUUCCCUUCUUUCUGAAACAUGGUGCUCUAAGAUCAUUUGGAUGACCAUUUCAGUGAGAAUGCCAGUAGGUUAGCUCUCUCCUUUCUUAUCCAAGCCCAGUUGUAUUAAGAGUUUUUAUUUAUGCAGUGCUGUGUGCUUGUGUAGCUGUGUGCUUCUCUAAGUUAAUCCAGAAAGGGGGAAGCAUUGGACAAGCCUCCUGCAAUGCAAAGCUGGGAGAAAUCAUGGUUAGCACUUUCUCUCCUUAGCGGUUUUCAUUUGAUAUCUUUUUUUUGGUUGUCUGUUUUUGUAUGUAUGUGUGUGUCUGUCUUUGUAAUACCUGAAUUACGAGCUUCGAGAAGAAACCGGAAAUGGUUUGGUUACCAGCCUGUGGAAAAAGAUAUGCAUUUUUAUUGUGGUGCA